UUGAAGGAAUGGUUGAUGUUGAAGAUCAAUGCAAACAUGCGAGGAAAACCAAAGUGCAACAGGUUGACAAAGCAGUUUACAUAGUAGUUCAUAGUUCAGCCAGCAAUUCUAAUGAUUAAUAAUAGAAAUUAAGAGCAUCAUCAUACGUUGCCAAUACUUUGAAUAGUACAUAAUCAAUAAUAUUGGAUGUUUAACACCUGUUGAGCUGUGUGGAGGUAGCUAGACCACUAAGGCUUCCUGUGUACUGUCAUUGAAAGCAUCUAGGUCAGUGAAACAGUAAAUUUGACAGUUCUCUGAUUGGCUGUACUGAGAGACAAUACCUGCCAAAAUGAGAAUAAGUAUAAAUAAUAUACUGUAACAGUAUUGCAUCUUGAAUGUUGAAUCUAGACUGGUACAGUAUACAAAGAGUAGCACAUACUAUCUGCAGGUAUAUCCAGUUGUUUGUUGUUUGAUUGGAACACUGAAUAGAAGCGCUACGGACAAGAAAUUAGCAUCAUCCUCUUCAACCGUUGUUAGAAUGGCAGAUCGACUAGAUGACUUGUAGGCUGGUCAUGGCCGGUUGGGAAACAUCAGGCACCUAUCCUUUCCAAUCUCCACAAUCAAUAACCCAUGACGAUUUUAUAGAUACUUUCGUCAAUAAAUCGUACCCACCUCGACAAAGUACAUUAAAUGCUCUGAAAUUUUCGCCAUCACCAAGAAAAAGUGGAACCAUGUUUUGUACAAGAGAUAAUAUAGACCAAUGUGUCUCAUACCUAGACCAGGAGAUAACAUUACUGGGCUUCCAAUCAUUAUACACUCCAGCUAUUCAUGAGAGUACAUCAGCUGGAACAUUUGACGUCACCAAGUUGAUUAACUGUUGCUUUGACCUUAUGCAACGACAUCAAGAAACUAGGAGGUUUCAAGAAGAAUUAGAAAACAAAAGAAUACGCUGCGACAGUGAUCUGGAUCAUUUAAAUGUUACAUGUACACGAUUAAAAGAACAAUUAGAACAACAGCAACGGGAUAACGUAGCAUUGGUGGAGAAAGAAAGACAGCACAUUUUACAAAACAAAGGACUUAAUAAUAAACUUAAAGCUACAAAAGAAGAGAUCAAGAAACUUGAUGGUAUUAAUAGACACAGAGACACACAGUUCAAACAUGACCUGAAAAAGAAGGAAAGAGAAGCUAGCAAAUUGAAGGAGAGGAUUCAUCAGUUACUAACAGACAAAAACCAAGAAAGAAGAAUAGGAAUGGAUAUUUUGAAUUCCAUUCAACGAUCAGAUGGAAAGAGAAGCAAAUGGAAGACAGGAAGGACAGGAGAGAAACAUGAGGAAGAUAUGUACAGACUUAUAAUAACGAACUACGAAGAGCGCCAGGAAGAAUUAAUGGGAGAGAACCGAGAACUUAGGGAGUCGCUAAGCAACAUGCAGAAAGAAUUAGUGGACUUACUCAAUCAGCAGACCUUUUCCAAAACAGACAGCAACACAUGUCUUGAUGGAGAUGAAGCGAUGGAAGAAGAUGGUUACCAUGAUGCAUCGGAUGAGGAGCUAUCCUCGGGUCAUUUUCAAAUGCCUUUCGACAUGGUCAGGGAAGGGAUCGAAAGCAGUAUGCGGAGAAAAUGGAGGAAAUUGAAAGAGAAAAUUCGUAAAAUGGAAACAGAAGCGCAGAUUGAGAAUAAAGAGAACUCUUAUGUUAACAACAGUACUUCGCAAUCACAGUCACUUAAAGUUGGACAACAGUCCGAAAUUGAACAAUAUCAGAAACAAAUCAAUAAAUUACAGUUAAAACUCUCAACUUAUAAAGAUAUUAUUGAACAGCAGGAACAACUGUUACAGAGUGUGUCUUCACCUAAGUCUGACGAAAGUUUUGUGCAAUUCCUGAAAGAUUCCCAUCUACUUGAAGAGAAGGAUUCAUUUGCUAGAGACAAAGAACUUUUCUAUCAACAGAAGGCUGCAUUUGAACAGGAACGAAGAAAUUUCACAGAGGCUGCUAUUAGACUAGGCCAUGAGAGAAAGAAGUUUGAGGAGGAAAGGUCAACUUUUCUUCAACAUCAAAUUUCCAUGACACCACAGGUCAGUAACCCGACCCCACCUCCACUGAGGCCUGCCAAGUCAAUCAGUAAAUCACCGAGUCCGAAUCUGAGCUCUACAUCUUCAGUGUUGUCUUCCAAGCUUAAGCAUGACUGUUUAGUUAGUACUCCACCCACAUCUCGCCGUACUGCGAAAGUCGUAACACCAUCCACAGUUGAGCUUUAUCGGGCACUUAAACUUACAUCUGAGACAAGUGAAUGCCUUAAUGGUUCGCAAGAAAGCCUACGUGCCAAAGUUAUAUCAAAUCCUCAAAGUAGUCCACGACUAGUCAAAGAGAAAAGAUCAUUUUCUAGCGAAGAAAUCCGAAUAAAACCAUCAUUGAAAGAAGACCAGUACCCAAGACCAUCAUCUCAGUUAUCGAGAGGUGAGAAGCAGUCAAGACUGUCAUCCGUAGGAAGAAGGCAUCACAAGCCUUCCUCUCACCGUUUAUCACGUGAGAAUCUCAAAUCAUCCGCUACAGAUGUACGCGGCAGCAACUCCAGCCUUAAUUCAUUGGAAAGUGACUCAAGUCAGGGGUCUUGUAAUGUACGCCUAAGCUCUGGUCGUCGUCACAAAACCACUGUAGGACCAACAAUGAAACGGGGAGGUCGCGAGCUUCCCCUUGAUCCAAAAACUGCUAAAAAGGCAGAGCAGCAUCGAGUCAAUUUGAAAUCGUCUAUGACGCAUCGGGAUAAGAACAGAACCAGAAAUGGUACACCCUCAAGCAGCAGGUAGACGAUAUCUCUAAACUCAGUAUUCCAGCAAGUACUUUUGUAAAGUAAAGCUUUGGGAACAUAUUUGCUAUCUGUAUUUUCACCUGUUUAAAAAUUGUAACAUGAAUAGGUUGCUGUUGAUGAAAAGAGAUUUUUGAUGAUGCUGAGAUUUUUCUGAUAUGGGGAGAGGUUGCUGAGAAGGUGGAGAUGAUGAGUGUUUUCUAUGCCAAUGCAUCACUGGUGUGGAUAUAGAGAUGUGGAGAUUUGUCUUAAGUUGCUUUUAUGUGGAGAAGUUGGGAGUAUAUGGAGAGGUUGCUGAGGAUGUGCUUAAGUACUUUGAUAAGUGGAAGUUGCUGAUGAUGUGAAGAUGUGUUACUGAUUUUGUGUCUGAUAUUGUUUUUGAAAAGUUAAUUGUGGUUGCUUUUUUUAAUGAGUAUUGUAAAGAAGACUGCAGCUGUAGCAGGCUAUGUUAACAAUCAAGGGUAUAAAAUGAGGGAAGUGUCUAAAAAGAUUAGGCUUAAAGGUACAAAAUACAAAAUACAAAAGGUUUUGGUGUUCAAUAUAGUUUUGGGUUAUGAAGGUAAACAUUUAUUUUUGGUACAAAAAAGUUUCCCACCUUUUUGUUUAAUAAUAGUGAUAGUAUUCAUUAAAUUACUUUAAUAUUAUAGUGUUAUUGAUUUUGAAAGACGUACUGUCAAUGUUAGUAGUUCUCAGAAGUAUAUCUUAGCAUAAUAGGAAUUUCAAAUCAAAUCCGAUUUAUUUGUAAAUGGAAAUUACAUAGAAAAGUCCUUGCUCAUAAAAUUACAAUAAUUAUAAAAAAUACAUCAAUAUGAGAAUACAAAUGAAAAUACAAAAUUCAGUUAUUAUGUUAUUAUUUGAACUUCCAUUGUAAUCUUAUGACAUCUACUGGUAAACAUUUUAAAAUAUAUUGCUUCUUGAGUCAACAACAGCUACAUAAAGACACUGCAAAUAAGUUUAAUAAAUAAUUCUUAAAUAUAAGUGACUUUUACUUCAAAUCUGAAUUUUACUACAGGUAUGUAUAUGCCUCUGUCUUAAUCUUUAUUCACCUCAAAACCAGCGCAAUAGGUAUCCUACAAAUCCGUCCUUGUAACUUUCUUUUAUAAAUCUAAUUAUUACAAAAUUUAUCAACAAAAUAUAUAAUUAUAUCAACUGUAUAUUAUAUUAUAGUUCCGAUUUUUAUGACCGGCUGUUAUAACAGCCUCUUUCCUCUUCUCAACAAAUUGUAGAAUAAAUUCUGUGGAGAUUAGUGUAUAAUUCAACCAUAUAUAUUUUGUAUUCAAUUUCAAUAUAAAGAGAAUAUAGUUAAAUUUGAUGGAUUAGUUGUUCUCAUGAAAUAUAUGGUAAUCUAAAAAGUUCAGAAGAACUAGAAAUAUGUCAGCAUAACAAUGCACUCUGCACGCUGACAUGUUUUUGGGACGUUGACCAAUAGCAGAUUACCACCAGACAAACGUAACACUUAGUAUGUGUUAUCACUUUCAAGUAUUUUGCAACCAAAGUUUGUUACAACAACGGAUCCUAGUGUCAACAUAGUGAUAUAGCAUGCAUGCUAUAGGCAGUAUAUAGCCUGCAUGCUAAAGGCAGUGCAUGCUAUAAACUUCAAACCAAAUUUAUUGAACCAUUCAGAGAUCUUAAACACACAAUAAAUGUAUAUAGAUAUUCCAAUCUAUUGGAUGGUACCUUAUUCAAACUGAUGGCAAUGCCAUUGUUAUAUAACAUUAUUAUGGAUAAGAGGAGAUCAUGUUUGUCUCUUGCCAGUGCAAUAGCCUCUGUAACUUUAUAAUAAAUAAUUUAUAAAAGAAUUUCUAUGAUAUAUUAUCAAAAAUUAUUGCAAGAUUUAAUCUGUAUGCAAGCAUUAAACAUGUUUAUAAAUAUCCUAUCUUUGUGUAUCACCGUGAAAUCUAGUUCAGUUCUAUCAAGGGGAUUUUGUUGUUAGUGUGUGACUGUCUCCCUUAUUUUAUUUGAUCUCAUGUACAUGAUUAAAACUUCAACAACGAUGGCAGAUGCCCUACUGCUUGAUAAAGUAAAUUUGAACUGUCAAUUCCAAAUGUUAUGCAAUCAUUUAUUUGAGCACAUAUUUGUUAAUUUAUACCUGCUUUUUGGCAGAGUUUUUAAUUUAUAUUCAUCAUCCAUUAACCAGGGAUGUCUCAAGAAGUUUGCUGACAGGGAUCCAAGAAGUUUGCUUACAAGUUACAGGGGUCCAAAACCAAUGGGAAGUCUACUACUAGGAACUGCCAUCGCAUUCACAUUGGGUUGAUCAGCAAAUUAAUAUUUUUAAGUAGUGUUAGUUUGUGUGAAUUAAUCACAGAUAUGAUGAGCCAUUCUAACACAGUGUUGGAGACAGUCACGUCAUAGAAUAUGAAAAUUUAAAAAUUUCUGUGGAAAUUUAUAUUGGUUGUCAUGGGAAUGUUGAUUGACAGAGUACAUCAGUUUUAAAAACACAUAAAGCGCUGUCCAUAGGACAGAGCUUUAUAUAUUAUAAUGUAGUGUAAAAGGGGAAAAAUCAACCCUCAAAUCUUGAAAAUGUUUGUGUUUAUAGGCAAUUAAAUAUAGGUAAUAAAUAUAGGGUUUUUUUUCUCAUUUGAAUUAAUUUAAAACUGACACUUUUUUUUAUGAGGAAUGAACAAUAAUUACAUAAUUGUUUUCAAUUUCCUUUUAAUAAUCUCCAAUGUGUUUAUUAUUUUGUUUCUUUACUUACUAUAAAAUUCAAAUCUAGACUACAUUCCAUGAACUUCUGUCAGUACUUUCCAGUAUAAUUUUAAUUGUAUACUUACGGCAGCCCUGUUAUUUAUAUUCUGUUAAAACAAAAUGUAUCAUGUAUUAUUUAUUAAUGUUGAUUUGCCUUUACCUGGUUGCAAUUGUAAUUUUUUGUUAAAAUUAAAAUUGUCUUCCAUUGAAAAUAUAUUCAUAAAUAUAGGCAUACUGUAAAUAGAAGAGAGGGGUGUUUCUCAUAGAUUACAUUGUGUACUGAAACAACACCAUAGUAUAUUAUAUUAAAAUAUAGUACAGUAUAUGAAAUAUCUUUUGCUCUACAAAUAAUACCAGAGUUUUAAAAAUUCCUCUGGAAAUUUAUAUUAUUCCUCACAUGUUUGUUCUCACAGGAAUGUUGAAUCACAAAGUAUAGCCGUUUUUAAAAAUACCAUAAAGCCCUGUCCAGACUAUUAAAUUUUAAUUGAAAAAAUAUGACUAAAUAUGGUCAUAAUGACAUCACAUCAUAACCAUAGAUAAGCCUAUUCAUGAUAUCUGUAGAUAGAUAUUGAUAUCUAUGGACAUACAACAGUUUUUUUGUCAAAAAAAAAUUGAUAAUCUGGAUUGUAUAAUUUAUUUGUUGUGUUGUAUAUUAUUAUUAUACGUGAUGAUGACAAAGGAUUGUUGUGAAACAUGUUUGUACAGACAGCACUUGUGCCUGCAAAGUUCUUAAAAUGUUGUAGAUGUAGAAUUAAUAAUGCUUUGCAGCCAGUAAAUGUAUUGUAUUCUGCUGGUGUUCGCUUGUGUGACAUGCAGGUAGAAAAGUCACAGUGUAAACGAUUUAAUGUGUAACAUGAUGCGAGAAAGACGCUUCAAAAAGUAGAUUGGGUUGAAUAUGGACCUUUCCGCUAGACCCCGCCCUGCUCCUUGGAUAUCCUACAAAACAUUAGCGUAAACGUAUUUAAACACAUGCGCUUGUGGGAUGACAUUGGUGUUUGUAGGACAUUCAUGUUCCUGGACCUGUUCUGAUUGGUUAUUUGUGAAGUUUGAUACUCUUGAUAGGUCCAUUAGUAGGUAUAGGGAGAUUUAAGUUUUGGACUGUUUGUAAAAAUGUGAUAAAAAAUAUUUUCUGAUCAUGUAUAUACCAAUAGAAUUUAUGCUUGUUCUUUACAAUUUUGCACUAAUAAAUUGCCACUUUUGAAA